UUUCUAUAUUAUAAUAUGAACAUACAUCUCUCUCUCUCUCUCUAAAUAUCACAUAGUCACUCAUACAGAAACAGACACAUUGCUACUCCAGCUUUUCUCUUGCCUCCUUGCCUCACAGCCUGUCAAUCCUGAAUUAUUAAACUCAUGAUUACAGUUUUAAAUUUGAGCUGUUAUUGCUUUGUUGUUUCUUUGUAAAGGGUUGAAUGGUUCUCAUAUGCCAAGAGAUUUGAUGCUGUCAAUGAGCUUUCUUCUGAUUCCCCAGGUGCUGCACUCUUUGGAUUGAUCCGUCCUUUGCCUUGGGAAUGAUUCAAGGAGACUCGUGACACAAUUGGCCCUUUCUAAUGUUAGAAUUGGUCUUACUUCUAAGGCUCAUUCAUGGGUAUAAAGGCUGCCAUGAGAGAACAACAUGUUCAAUGACCUUCAUCACAGAAAGCUGCUAUUUUGGUACUUCUUAUUACAGGUACAGCUACUAGACAGCAGCACACAGAUAUGUUUCCACUAACUUGAAUUAGGCAUGGGAACCAAAAUUGAAUAUUCCAUAAAUCUUCUAGCAACCAUAGUAGACAGCACCAACUUAGCUGUGGGUGGAGUGGAUGUCUGGGAGAAUUAUCAGAACAAGAAUCAAAAAGUGCAAGGUCCCAUGGAUAGGAUGCUUGACAGAAACAGUGUAGAGUCCAUCAAAAAGACAAUGCAGAUGCAUGAGGACAUCUUCAAACACCAGGUAAGAGAGCUACACCGGGUAUACAGUGUGCAAAAGAUGUUGAUGGAUGAGCUCAAAAUCGAAACUAGACAGCAGAAAUUAUGGAAGCAAAGGAAUGAGAUAGAUGUAAGCCAUCCACAUGUCAGUAAACCGCAACAUCAAACGACACAGAUUUCACAGAACGUUGGAAAUUUGAGAGAGGAUGUUUGGUCAGGAGAAAAUAUUAGAAGCUGGUCAGACAGCAUACAGAUGCAAAAGGGUUUUGACCUUGAAAGGCCUGCAGAUGAGGACAGUUUUUCUCAAGGGCAUGGCUUUGAUGAAGGUGAGGCAGGGCCUAGCUCCUACAGAACAGCAUUUCAGAGUUGUAAAAUAAGUACUAGUGGCUAUGAUGAAGACAUGGAAGUGGAUUUGACACUAAGCAUAGGAGGUAGUAAAGUUAACAAGAGUUCUCAAUUACCUCAAUUAGCAUGCUCAAACUCAACCAGUGGGAAAACUAGGAAGCUGAAUUCAUAUGCCUCCUUCAAAUCAGAUAGAACAGGAGAAUACAGUGACCCCACCACCCCAAUCAGUAGCACCACUGUGACAUUUACUCAGGAAGGGAAGGGGCCACAUUGGCUUUCUCAAGGUCUAAAGCUUAAAUAGCACUAUAACUUGUUUGGAUCCUUUCAACCAUACAUGGACCACCGAAUUUAUAUGGUUCAUGCAUUCAGAUUCAUAGAUUUAUUUUCUACUUUAUUCCAAUGUUUCUAAAACUAUUUUCGUUCUCAACAUUCUAACCCAAUUAUGCUAUUGUAAAUGCUGAAGCUCAUACCACUGGAUGAUGCACUGAGUAUUUAAGUAUAGCAUAAUAUGCAUUCUCAAUCAAUAGACUGAUACAAUAAUUAUGAGCAUCACAUGGCAGUCAUGAUUCUAUCUCUUUCAAACAGAGCAGUCUCCAUAUGCAAUUGGAUUCA